UGUCUCCUACACAACUACAAAUGCUUUGAUUGCCACGCAGAGCUGUACUAUUCUCACCUUCUUGUACUCCAGCUGGGGGCCAAUCGUCCGAACAUCGUACUGCUCGACCCAUCAUCAAACGUCUGGCCAAAAUGAACGCCACUAAAGUCGUGCUUGACUGGAUCGUCGCGCACCCUUACCAGACAGCUUUUCAAGUUGUGAACGGCGUCAUUAUCUGCACACCCGCUGCAGCAACCGUGCCAGUUCUUGCUGCUCUUGGAUUCGGUGCCGGUGGCCCAAUCGCAGGCUCCGCAGCAGCUGCCGUCAUGUCUUGGUUUGGUACCGUGCCUGCAGGCGGCUUGUACGCAAUCUUUCAGAGCGCAGCCAUGGGCGGCUACGGAGCGAGUGCUGCAGCCGGGCUUGCGCAGGCUGGAGCAGUCUUGUCUUCUGUUGGAGGAUGGUUCUUCAGCAGAAAUCAGACCGCCAACUGAAUGACCGACUACAACGGCCGUACCGGACAGUUCCGACUCAUGACCUGGCGAAGGGAACGUGAGAGGGUGUCAUGAUGAAAGUGGAGGCGCUCAAUAAGUAGAAGGUUGCGAACCAGCCAAUGAAAAUCACGCCUCGGCUACCGGUAUGCCGCCUCCUUGAUGAACGCGUCGUCGCGUC